AUGACACGCAAAUCUACAUACUUGACAAUUUUUGCCUUAUUCGCCUUGGUUUCAGUUGAAGCACUUCCCUUAGAGAAACGCGAUGGCGACCAUAAUGGCAACGUUGGUGGUAUCGGUAACUGCAACGGUUUCGGAACCUGCAAUUCUAACGGUAACAAUAACGGAAACAACAGCAACGGAAAAGGAAACGGUGAUCACAACGGCGAAAUCCUCGGUCUAGGAAACUGCAAUGGAUUCGGCGUCUGCAAAGGAAACGGAAACGGCAACGGAAACAACAAUGACGGCGAUGACAAUGGAACCUUUAACGGAAACGUUUACGGCGCUGAUUUGUCGAACCUUAAUGCCAAUGGUGCCAGUGGAAAUGGUAAUGGUAACGGCAACGGUAACAAAGGAAACAAAAACGGAAACAAAAAUGGUAACUCCAAUUCAGGAUCUGGAAAUGGAAAUGGAGCUGGAAAUGCCAAUGUAGGAAAUUCCAACGGAAAUGAAAAUGGAAACCAAAAUAAAGGAAACGCUAAUGGAAAUGGCGCUGGUAAUCAGAAUAAAGGAAACGACAAUGGAAAUGUUAACGGAAACCAAAACAAGGGUAAUGCCAAUGGUAAUGGUGUUGGCAACCAAAACGUUGGUAACAGCAAUGGCAAUGCUAACGGAAACCAAAACAAUGGUGAUGCCAAUGGUCUCGCUAACGGAAACAAAAAUGUCGGAGAUAAGAACGGCAAUUUGAAUGGAAACCUAAACAAUGGCACUGCUAACGGAAUCGCUAAUGGAAACCUAAACAAUGGCACUGCCAACGGAAACAACAACGGAAAUGUUAACAAAG